CGCUUCCUUGUCCUCGCUCGCUGGAGGCUGCGCCCGGAUGUUGUUGCAACGCCGCUCUCUAUUCGUCAUCAUCCCGUUUCAGCCUUCUUACUCCCGCUUCAGGAACCACCCGCACAACCACCCUGAUUGCGCCCUGCCAAACCAUCGAGCUGGGUCCUGCGCCUGCAUCAGCCUUCCACUCUGAUACCGCCUGCCGCUGUCGCUGAAGCGUGCCCUGUUGUUGUGCACGCCCGUGAAUUGGUUACGCGCCCACCGCCGCCGCCGCUGCCCUCACUGUAACUUGGGCGCACCACAUAUCCAACCCACACGCACUUGCGAGCCGUCAUCUCCUCCCAAAACAUGUCGAGCUUCCAAGCAGUCAACACCGCCUUGCCCGUGCCGGAGCCGCCCCAAGCGCGUCCAGGCGACGAGACGACGCCCACGACACCCCGACCGACGAGCAGAUUCUUUGCAGAAUCAAAGGCUGCCGAGGAGAUUCGUGCAGACGAAUCCUCCGCCAAAACCCCAACGCGCAAUACCUUUGCCGCCGGGCUCGCUGGCCAGCGACCGCUGCCAACCUCGCCCUUUACCCCCGGCCGCGAAGUGAGCGAAACACCAUCGGCUUCCAACAAGAGCGAGCGGAGUAGAGAGGGAUCGCACAAGCCAACGCAAUCGACAGCAUCUGCGCAAGAUGUACACAUGGGUGACGGCGACGAAGAAAAAGAGGCUUCCGACAACGAGAGCGUGACGAGCGACUCGAAUCGCCCGUCCAAGAAGAAGAAGGGCCAGCGAUUCUUCUGCACAGACUUUCCGCCCUGCAAUCUGAGCUUCACCAGGAGCGAACAUCUGGCACGUCACAUUCGUAAGCAUACCGGAGAACGGCCCUUUCAGUGUCACUGCUCAAGACGCUUCUCGCGCCUCGACAAUCUCCGGCAGCAUGCACAAACCGUCCACGUCAACGAAGACAUUCCCUCAGAAUCACUGGCGGCCACAGGCACGAGAUUUCAGCGACAAAUACGAACCGAUCGCGUACGCCCGCCAGGGAACCGCUCGCGGGCAAACACGCUGGGCAGCACAGGCGGACACAGCCGCGGCCACAGCAGGAAUUUGUCAGCUUCUAGCAUCACGUCCACCAUGUCAAGUGUAAGCGUAGCUCAAUCGCCAGAUGUUCGCCGCAGGCCCCCGCCUCUCGCAAUGGCUAGUGAUGGUGGUGCGAGUGCAAGAGCGCGCUUGUCGCUCAACACUGUGAAUGCAUACGACCCGCCCAUGAUGGGCAGUCCGGGGCCUGUAGAGUAUGACACACCAUCCAACGCGCCCACAACCCCGACCUCUGCUACCUUUUCCACGGCACCCACAGGCAGCCCUGCUCGCUUUGGCUCCGCCAUGCAAUCGCCUGCCACUUCGGCUUCAAGACCAGUCUCUUGGGCUGGGCCGCCCCCACCAGGACGCCGACAGUCGAUUUCGUCUAAUGGCAAUCCCUUUGCUGGUCCUCCAGGGCAAGGCCCGCCAACAUACAUCACACCACUUCAAUCGUCAGCCGCUCCUCCGACUUUCUCCGUACAGAGCAGCGCAUACGCUAGUCCCACCGUAUCCCACUUCUCCGAAUCCAAGGGCGAUACCAAUGCAGACGCAGACUGGAGGCGCCGCACUUGGCAUCCAGGAACGUAUUCUGGCCCUCGGCCAGCGACGAGCGGACUGGGCUAUCAUCAGACCCCAGAUGCCCCACGGCCAAUGUACACUUCACAGCCUGCUGCCUCACAGACAACGAGGCUUCCAGGUAUUGAAAGCUUCGAUCAUGCUCCUCCUCCGCCCACGUUGCCCCGACGCCAGCCGAGUCCCAUGCAGCUAGACGCUCCUGGCCGCCCACUCACAUACCAUGCGCCCAGGGAACCCCCACCUAAUCGAGGCCAUCACAAAAGAACAAGUAUUUCAUGGGAGAUUGACCGCCUAAACAUUGCUGGUCCGGGCUCUCAGAGAGAGCAGUGGUCGCAACAAUACCCCGGCAGCGCAGGGCGGGCGAGUGGCGCAAGGCCAACCACAGCCCCGCACGGCUACUUCAGUCGGCAGCUGGCUAAUCUCCAACCUAUUCAGAUUCCGUCGAUGAAUUCGUCGCCGAGGACAUCACAGGAGCAGCCUGAGACUCCGCGAAAGAACAAACGACAGGCCUGGUACAAUGGACCCGUCAGUCAACCGCAAAGAGCAAUGCAGCGGACGUCACCCGAGGACUCUAGCAGCAGCGAAGGCGUCCCAACACCAGGAACUAUGAUUGACUAUCAUCCGGCCAUUGUCCAUAGCAAUGGCUACGUCGAGACGCCCGUCAUUGUCGAAGACCACAAGAUCGCGCCCCCAGCAUCCAUUAUGGAAAGACCUCAUCCUUUGCACACGCAACCGCAUCAGCACUACCACAGCCAUAGCCUCUCUAGUUCUAGCUCAACCUACCAUCCGCAGCGUGAGCCUUCCGAGCGGGGACCCGUGACGCUUGGUCAAUCGCUUCCCCAAGCAAACAAUAACAAUGACAUGAGACGAUUAGAGGCACUGGUCGCGGUCGCCACUGGGGAGCAGCAAGCGGUCGAACAUCGGUCCUGA